GAAGAUACUGCUGGUGGUUGUCCAGCGAGAACCUAGGUAAUAGCAUACGCUGGACUCGGUCUUUCACGCUGACUUGAGCGAGCUUGAGAGUCAAUUGCUGGUCGAUAAAACCACAGGCCUCGUUCUUCUUUUCACUUUAGCUUGACAGGCUCUAACAUUCUGCAUUUUUUUGGAUAGUUUCAAUAUGAGCUGGCCAGAACAAGAAGAAAACACCGGCGCUGGCGAUGAAAGCAUCCUUAAUACAUUUACGGUCCCCCUUCUGAACAAAUGCCCCCGACUGUGCUCCCGGCUUGGUAUAACUUGGGAUUUUCCCAGUUCAAGGUUUCCAAGCUGAGUUGCUUUUUAUGUUGGGAGUUGUUGAAAUGUCUGCAGCGGGCAGGAUGUCAUCUCUACCGUUGCACCGCCCCUGACCAUUCAGAGUUCCGGGGAAAGCGAGAAAGUGACCGAAACAACGUCUUGUUCGAUAGGGAAAUAGGCUUAAUCCAAAAUAAAUUUCUGCGAGAAGUGCUGAGGACUGCUCGUUUCCUUGCAAGUUUACGCUCAUCUGCUUGGGUGUUGUCUUCGUGUCCACCACAGCUGCAUUCACGUAAUGACGGCGUGUUGAAGUGGUUGAUUUCCUGGCGGGAAUGGUUAAACGAGCGUGAGACGGCGGGUGUUGAGGUUGCGAAGUCAGAUAUGCCUGUUGUGUAUAUUCUGCAUGCAAUACACCAGAUGUCUCCAGUACAUAAAAGUUCAUGCAACCUACACGCUAACAGAGGACGUAUAUUAGAAAAGCAAUUAACAAGAAGAUGGCCGACUUUUCAUACCGGCAAAACCCACCCAAUCCUUUCAUAACUGGAAUCAGAUUACACUGUAUGAUACGGGAACCGAGAGAGAGAGGCUAGGGUCUCCAAUACCCAUGAGACAUAGCACCGACACCCACCUGGCAGUC